AAUUAUUAAUCCUCGACAUGUCACCGUCGACAGGACGUGCCUUUGCUUCUUGACGAUUUAAGCCCGCCAUCCCCGGAAAGUCCCCUCUUUCUUGAGGUGUAAAACCAGACACUGCAUCUUUGGUUAGAGGUAUCGCAUCUCAUCUUGCUCCAUCCCAUCUUGAGGGCUCAUCUCAUCUCAUCUACACACUUACACGGCACUCCUAUCCCGACCACAAUAUCAUUAUCAGACUCUCCCUACGCCCAACCCGAAGUCCGAGCUCCAUCCGUAACAAUGACCACCACCGGAGAAUUCAACUACCUCGACCCGACGUCCAUCAAACCGGGCGUCAAGCCCUGGACCAAAGUCGACGGCGCCUACGCCUCCUUCACCCUGUGCGGCGAACAACGCACCGUGACCAACCUCCGCGACCACGUCAAGCCCGACUCCCCGCCAGGCCACCUCGGCAGCGACAUCGACGUCGCCGGCUUCGCCUUCUACCACUCCCCGGCAAACGAGAAAGACUUCACCUCGGACGCCGCCGUGCGCGGGCCCUACUACGCCGAGGUCGAAGCCCUCCUCCGGGCCAAGCUCCCCGGCCGCAUCGCGCGCAUCGAGAUCUUCGACCACACGAUCCGCAAGCGCGACCCCUCGUCGCCGCGGCAGCCCGUCAUGCAAGUGCACGUGGACCAGACGCCGGCGGCGGCCGUGGCGCGCGUGCGGCGGCACGUGACCGACCUCCCGCCGGAGGGCGUCGACGCGCUGCUGGCGAAGCGGUACCAGCUGAUCAACAUAUGGCGGCCGAUCCGGCGGCCCGCGACCGACUACCCGCUGGCGGUCGUCGACUGGCGCUCGACGGCGCCCGAGGACCUGGUCCCGCUCGACCUGCUGUACCCGGUGCAGGAUCGGGCGGACGGGGAUGAUGAUGAUCGGGGCAAGGAGAGGCUGCCGGACCCGACGAAGAAGCGCGAGAGCACCGAGGGGUACGAGGCCAAGGGGGAGACGUACGGCGUGCUGCCCGGGGAGGGCCACCGGUUUUACUAUGUCAAGGAUAUGACGCCGGAUGAGGCCAUCUUCAUCAAGUGCUUUGACAGCUGGGCCGAGGGGAAACCGGGGGGCAAGCAGGGAAUCGCGGCGCUGUCGCCACAUACCGCGUUUCAGGACCCGGCGACGCCCGAGGGGACCAAGGGGAGGGAGAGUAUCGAGGUGAGGGCCUUGGUCUUUUAUGACGAUUGAGUGUUAGGUACCUAGAUAGUCAGGAUGUAUCCUACAUAAUACAAAUAGGGGGCUUUUUGUGGCAGAGUGCGUCCAGCUCGCCAAUAAAGCAUUCCAGACUAUGGCCAAGUACACG